AUGGCCACCCCCGGGGCCUCCUCCGAUACCCUCAUCGCCCCCCUGUCCUCUCCAUCCCACCCCCAAUUCCCUCCAAAAUCUCUCCAAAAAACAUCAGAAACCACCUCAUCUACCUCGCCAUCGGAUCUUGAACUCGCCCCAAUAACCCCCAUCCCGAAACUCGCCCGGGAAGCCAGUGAUAUUACCUGGCAAGAAUCCCUCGAAUCCUCCGAAGACCAGAUCAUCCUAGUCCGGCGCCGCGGUCGCUUCCGUCUACUCCACCAACAACAGUUUAAAAAUAGCCUCCUCGCCAGUGUUGGAUACCUCGAACUUGCCAAUGCUGGUGACUUUGCAGCAAAUGUCUGGAACGAAAUUCCGGUCCCGAAAUUUGCUGCGGUACUCAUGGGGAUUGGUGGCACGCUGGCGUUGGGAAUGGUCCUCGUCGCGAUUCAGGAUUUUAGACUGAGUUAUCGCAAUGUCAAACUUCUUCAGGCGGAGCGGGAACACUUGACCCGGCUCCAGGAAUAUCACUGCAAGAAUGUGGAUAUUACGAGGUUACUGGGGAGUCGAUUGGGCGUGAUAUUCAGGGAGAUGGGCACCGAGGUCGUCGACCGCAUUGUCAUGGAUGUUCUCAUGGGUGCUGGGUCGAUGCUAGUCGGCGUCGGUACGCUAAUGGCUAUUGGUGGUGCGGAUCCCAAAGUCUACAAAGCUAGCAACCUUCUUUCUGGCUAUGUCGGCAAUGGACUAGCAGCCCUGUUUGGACUCGCCAAUGCUGUCUGGUCGGUGUGUUUGAUUCAAAGAUUUUAUCAACAUGACGCUGCUGUCAAGGCGAGCGAGCCGGAUGAUGAGAUUCGUCGCCGAUUGCAUACCCGCUUUCGACGCUUUCAUUGGCAUGCGAUUGUUAACGGAAUCAAUGGAUUGGUGGCCGGUGCCGCGUCGAUGGUCACUGCGGAACGUUGGUGGGGAUACAUCGUCCUGAUCCCUUGUAUCAUCUCUCUUGUCUUGUGCAACUAUUUCUGGAGAAAGAAGCUCGGCUACGACCGUCCUAUCUUGGAUCAUGCUUCGCUUCCCCGGAUGCAGAUGACACCCUUGCUGGAAGACUUGGAGUAUGUCAUUGCGAUGCAGAAGGGACUCGCUGCACCAGAAGAUCCCCUUUCCCAAACCAUCGUCCAGCGAGACUCCUUUUCAUCCAUCCUGCAGUUCAUUGUGCGAAACCGAAUGUUCGAGACAUACUGCGACUCACUUUCCCGCGAUAAAAAGACUCGCAUCCUCCUCAAUUCCCUCCCUUCGCCAACCGACCAAAUCGUCCUCAAUUCCGAAUCUCUUCUUCAGUUAUCUGUUCCAACCACUCACGCCCCGAUCCUUCUUCGCCAUGCACAGAAGUUCCUGCGGGACGAAGGCGUGCGCACUUUUACCCAUCGCGAGCGCCACCUGUUAGAGUUACUCGGUUACGCUGUCUGGCGGGAUCAGAAACCGGCCGUCGAUGCUCGAUAG